AUGGAUCCCUGGCUUGCUCUUGCUAUGAUUUUUUUCCAAGCUUCUUUCCUCUGCGAAGCUGCUUCAAGUAGGAACAGUUCGUGCACGAAGAUCUACGGCGAAAGUGGAUUGCACGCGAGAUGUACUAUCGAAAGUGUGGAAGAGCUGUCGACGAUUUUGCAUAACCCAAAUGAUGUGAAAUCUUUGUGAGUAGCAAUGUGUUUUUCUUCGUGCUUCAUACUCAAAAGCUGUUGCGCUGGGGGUAUUGACUAUUCAACCCCCAAAUCGGAAAUUGCGUGUUUCUUUUUUUUUAUUAUUUUCUGUUUAUUUUGUUGUGUUUUGCCCCUCAAAAGGAUUUUUCAUGUCUCAUUGUCGAAAAAUGUUUACCAUCUUUCUUUUAGAAAUCUAGUAGACUGAUAUAUGCUUAUCGAAACUUUAUUACUAGAAAUUCAGAGUGUUUAUUUCAUGUUGAAAUUGUCUGUCUUUUUUAAUACCUCGCAAAGUUUUUCAAGAUUUUCUUGUUCCGCUUUGACAAGUGUUUACCAUCUCACUUUGAGAAAUCUGCCAGUUUUUCCAAAUUUUUCUUGGACUGAGAUCUAAGAUGCUUGCUUAUGCUACCCCAUAACAAUUCUGAUUGUAAACCUUGUCUCGAAAUUUUUGUCGGUUCAAGGUCAGAAAAUAGUGGCAAUUAAUCAUCCAUAACAACAGUAAUCUGCUCCUUACAAUAUCAAUGCAUUUUCAAGAGGAGAAAAGAAAUAUAAUUGUCGACAAAGGAAUAUAAUUUUAUUCACACCAAAUUCACAAACUCUCCAAAAUGAUAAGGAAUUGUAUCAAGUACGGUUUCCGAGAAUGAGGAAAGAAAUGAAAUAUUUUCUUGAAAGUCCAGAGUCAGCAGAGGAGCUAUUUCAGAUGACUUUCGAUAAGACAUAAAACUAACGCUACAUCGCCAUCAGAAAGAUUUCCUCGACAAACUCGUUGUGAAAGAAAAUUCUUUGAAAGAGACAUUUAAGCAGAGAAAACUUCUCAGGACACGUUUCGGAAAAAAACAUAUUCGAGAAGAAUUUUUACCCUGAAAAAGUAAAUUAUGUUCUUGCGUGCCUUCUUUUUUUUCUUGACAAGUUUGGUUUGUUCAAAAUUGGAAUGUACGAGGAUUCUUGAGGUGAACUGAAACCAGUUUCUUUCUCAAUUUCAUCUACACUACCUAGGAAAAACUAUCUAAAGUUUUGAAAGAAAACGUGCCGGCGGAAAAAGAAGAAUUAAAAAAAUUGUACUUGGAGCGGAAAAUCUAUUCAUGGUUUGUUUGGUUUGUAGAUAGGAAGUCUUCGAAAAAAUGUCAAAAUUAAAAGCGUGGGGAACAUUUAACAUUCGUAUGACGUCUGCUGUAGUAUCACAUUCACCGCCAGCCUUUCUGUUGUCAAGAUACGUGUUUUUGAAAUCGCUAACUUAAAUAACUAAACCAAUCCAGUUAGCAACGACGACCAUGUACUUUUAUUGAACAAAGAUUUAAACAUGGAGCAUGGAUAGCCCGUAAUGCAGAACGAGUCAGCGCCACAAGCUCGCGGUCAUCCAGGAUACUGUUGUGUUUGAUUUAGGCUAAGAAUGGUAACAGGAAGAUGGAUCGAUCAAAGACAAGAGGACUGUUGUCUCUUGCCCUGCCCUUCCGUUUGCUUUCCUCUCUCCUAACGCCCAUCCUUUUGAAAGAAAAUUUUUUCCUCGUCUCAACUGUUCGUUGCUUAAAAAAUCAAAAUGGUGGGAAGCUUUACACUCUUUCCUUAAUUGGAUAUGAAUCUGAACACCUGUCAUUUUGAGACCAAACAUUUUGUCUGUGACCUUAGAAACCCGAUUUUAAGUUGUUUAGCUUUUUUCGUGCCAUUUUAAUAAUGGAACCUCGGCACAGUCGAUUUUGAGACGCGCACGGCGGCCAAAGGAAGAGUGCAACUUCUUCUGGUGGACUUUGACAUCAACCAGUGAAUUGGAAAGCUAUCUUUUUUUGGCAUCUUACGCUAAGAGAAUAAAGAUCUGUAGCAAGCGUUAGGUAAAAGAAUCCUCAACUUUGAGCUGCCGUCCGCAUCACAACUGAAAGCAUCUUUCCUUUUGAGGCGAAAGCGUCAAACUUCUUUCACUUAAUUCACCAAUUAAUGACUUUGCUGCUUGCAUUUUUGCAGGAGUAUCUUCUCCAGUGAUCUGGAAACAAUUCCUGAAGGAGCCUUCAGGAAUUUCACAAGUCUUGUCAAUUUGUAAGUGCAUUUUUUUUAUUUGACAUUUGUCGUUGCUGAAAAAACUACUCUUUUAGGUUUAUUUUCUAUAUUUCACGAUCACGCAGUCGUGCACGCGACCAUGAUAAUACCCUAAAACACAUCACGUGCGCGUCCUCGUGACUAAAAACCAUUCUUGAAAGGCACAUGUACAUUCUCGUAUGCGAUCACGAUCAAGUGCGCAGUCACGCACGCAAUCACGAUAACGCAUGUAAUCACGAUCAUCCUCACGCUCACCAAAUCCACAUAGUCACGAUCACGUGCACGCACUGAUCACCUGCACGUUGUAAAUCCAUUGAACUUAUUUGCAAUAAGAAAUUUUAGAUAGACCUUGCUGAUAUUCGUGUAGCUUCUGCGUGUUCAACAAUCAGAUCGUGAGUUUGACUACAAUCAGGUUAUUACUUGGUCCAACUGAUUUCACUGUCACUUUGUAUUAAAUUUCCAGGAGUUUACCCAAUAACAGCAUCCGCACCAUAAAAGGUGGCGCAUUCUCCGGUCUCAAUCAUCUGCAGCGUCUGUAAGUAAAAUUUCCUUGUUGUCUGUUUAGCAGUUAGUAAAAAAUUUAAACUAUGGCAAAAGCAGCAAAAAAUACGUCACGGAAAACACGCGAUAAGUCGGUGUUACGACUCAGGGUAGGUCGCAACCAAAGUUAUCAUUGGUCGAUAUGGUCAUUUUUCAGUGAAAAUCAAAAUUUCGUCACUGUCACAGAAUUUUGUUACCGAAAGAAGUCGCUUAAAAUCUAACUGGUUCAACUUGUGAGGCUGAUCAAAGAAUGCCAUUUUAGAGUAAUCUCGCGACAGUAUCUUGCAGAGAUCUGUCACACCGGGUAUUCGUGUUGUGUGUGUGGUGAGAAAUAUAUUUUUUGUUUGAAUAUUCGAAGACAAUAUUUUGUUUUUCCCAAACAAGAGUGGUGAACAAUUUAAAUAAUUUUUUUUAUGUUCAAUCUCUCUUGAUAACAGAGAACUCUCUGGGAACCAGCUGAUAGAAUGGGAGGGAAAUUUCACAAACAGUCUUCCGUCUUUGAUUCUCUUGGAUUUAUCUGGGAAUUCCAAGUUCGUUCUUCCGAGCUUUCUGUUCAAAUUGCGCAUGCUCAAGGAAAUUAAGGGAGUGACCUGGAACGACCCAUGUGCUAAUUGCUCUUUGGUGAAGAACCACACUCUGAAGGAAGGCGAGUUUAAAAACAAUGAGGUUAAUAUAGAGACUUCCGAACUUCGAAAAGGAGAUUACCUGGUUGGGAACAUGGGACAUUGUCGCGUAAACAGACUCGAGGUGAGCCAAGAGGUUGUGGAAUAUGCAAAACGUGGAUUCUUUCCACGAUGCCUCGAGAUAAAAGCUUGUUUUGACAAUGAAAUUCGCGUCACCCCUUUACACCGUUGCUGGGACAUCGAUAACAAAAUCUUAAGUAUCGAGUUCUUAAUCGCACCAAUUGCCAUGAUCCUGAAUCUUACAGUGAUCGUAGUGACAUUAACAACAAGAGUGUUACGAAGGAAUGUUACUAUGUGUCUAACGAGCAAUAUGGCUCUUAGCGACUUCCUUGUCAGUCUUUACACACUUAUCUUGGUCUGCACAAGACUGAAGCCCUACACAGAGUUUAUGUUAUUCAUGAAGAAUCUCUGUAAUGCCCUUGGGUUUAUUUGGCUCUCCAGCGCAAUUGUUAGCAUCAAGACGUCGCUCAUUCUCACCGUGGAGCGGUAUUUGGUAGUUGUGUACUGUAUGCAACCCUCAUUACGAAUCACUCGGAAGAUAGCGCUCAUCCUUGUGUUAAUCACAUGGUGUUUGGGCGUGAGCAUCGCUGUUUUGCCGUUGGUCAAUAUUUCUGUCUAUGACGGUAAUACAUUCUGUAUUCCUAUUCGCCCGAUCAAAGACAUUCCCCAUUCGUAUGAGCUGAGUAUUGGACUUUCCUUGUGGGGAAUAGUCCUGUAUUUCAUCACCAUACCUUUCUACAUUAAAGUUUUUAAAACUGUGAAGCAAACGGAAAAAAAGGCGGGAAUCAAAAGAGACGGAACCCUAGCAAGGAGAAUCGGAGCUUUAGUCCUUAGCAACAUGAUCUUUUUCUUGGUGCCUAUCGUCAUCGCGUUUCUGUGGCUUACGACAAACAUUCAAGAGGUGAUGUCGCCGCAAAGUAGAGAAAUCCUCACGGGCGUUCUACCAACCAUCCUUUUCAGCUUUAAUUCACUUAUUAAUCCCCUUCUUUACGCCUUCAGAGCAGAAAAAUUCAGGAAGGCCAUCAAGAUUAAGAUAGAUUAUAUAUGUCUUCGUAAAGGCCGUAGCACGUCGUUGACAAGUUCGCUCUCGGGCAGACUCCGAGGCCCGACAAUAAGCUCCAACAAUGGCGGUGGAAGUCCAGGCAGGCAAACCCCUGAGUUGAGGACUUCACGCAGUGUGUUAAGCUUGACGAAGAUAUAGUUUUCCAGUUGAACUGGCAGUCAAGGAAGGAGCUCCCAGAAGGUCAACUUCCUGGUAUAUCUAGGCGUAAAAAUACUGCGACAUCACUUACGAAGGACCAUCAGGAGAGAAUAUGCUUUCCUCUCCUCAACUCUCCUCAAUUUAAAAGACACAGUAGCUUAACUUAUUGAAGACUGGAAAUGAGUCUGAACCCAAUCCUAGUUAGGUGUGAUUCAAUAAUGAAAAGAACAGGAAAAUAGUUAAUGAUGAAGAAAUGUUCUUAAAAAAAAAACGUUUUGAGCUUAAUUAUAGGUUCCAAAAUUGUAUUUCGAUUGCGAGACUAUAUCAUGUUGGACCCACACUAUGCGUUUGGUUUUCUCAAUGUUGGAUUUUUCUAUAUACUGAUUAAUUACAGGUCAAGGGCUUGUAAGGACGUUUCCGUGACAGCACUGUAUUGAAUGUUUACCCGGUAAAGUAUAACUUAGUCGGUUUCUGGCUACUAUGCGCUUAGUUUGCACAAACUUUAGAUGGAACUGAAUACACUAAUCUCUAUGACAGCAAGGGCAACGAGUUUUCAAGGGGGUGUUAAUAUAUCCAGCGAAUUGAAUAAUUUUGUUAAUAAUUGUAAACUUGUGCAGUUUACAUAGGUUUUCAUUGGUCAAGAAACUCGUGCCAGUCUCCAAACCUUUCAUUUGGCGAGUUAUUACAGUUGAAUAUCGUUUAUGGUAAAUUAAGUAUCGUUCGAUGGACCAAUCAGAAUUCUUUUUGGGCUAUAUCGUGUAUAAAUGUUUGGGUCUAGUCUCCUAAGCAGCCGCACUUUCUUUAGGUCACGCAGCGCGCGCACCACCAAUUACGUUGCGUGACAUGUGGGAGCUUUGAUGGAUUGAGAAAUAAAACUAUUAAUCAUUGCAUGCCAUUAAUAAUCUGAUAAAUCAACAUAAUUAGAAUUAAUUAAAGUAGCAUGGAAAAAGUAUCAUCUAAUGGGCUCCUUUUAUCUGCUGUUAUUUUAAGAAUUGAAGAUUGGAAAUGUGUUUGUCGUCAAGUAUUCAGUGGCGCUAUUGAUACGUUGCAAUUAGGGACUGGAGCAAACACACCGAUAAAUUCUCAAAAUUUAAUGACAUAACCAGUGGUGUCCUAAAUAAAUAAGAAUUGAUUUCAAUGACAGUAAUUUACAGUAAUGACAUACAAGGUCGAUGAAAAUCAAACGAAGAAAGGGCAGCAAGAACAUGCCUGACGGUUAGAAUACUAGUACGAAACGACACUCGAGGAAAAAUUCUGACUGAUCAUAAUUGACGC